GGGUAUUAAGUUCUCUCCAUCCUGUUGCCUGUCUCGAGAUUUCUCAUUAUAUACAGGAGGCAUCAUCUCUCUUCACUCCCUGAAGGAUUCAGUAAUACCAAGAGCAUGGAGGGCUUAUGGAAAGGCUGGGUACUGCUGAUAGCACUAUACCUGGCUUCAUACCAAGCUGCUGCAAGCCCUCUGCCUUGGCAGCAAGAAUGUGCAGAGGGUCCGGAAACAUGGUGUCAGGACUUCCCAACGGCACUGAAGUGCGGGACCUUAGAGCAUUGCCAACAAUUGAUGGGGCUUAACUUCCCCGUGAAAAGUCUCAGAUGUAGCCUGUGUAAACUCGUUGUAGUAAUGAUGGCAAAGGUUGUACAAGACAAUUCCACAGAUGAAAGAAUUGGAAAGUUUUUGGAGAAGGGAUGCCAGUAUCUCCCCUUCCAGGACUGGUCAAUCAAAUGCAAGAAGAUGGUGGACACUGGAGUUGUAAUUCUGGUACAGCUUGGAAAACAAGUGCAGGAUAGGCCUGAAAUAGCAUGUGGUGCUUUCAGGCUAUGCAGCCAUCGGGAAACCCCACAAGGAGCCCUGAAGUUCCAGACACCGUUGAAGUCUGAUGGAAAGCCUGAAAUGGCAGACUUCCCUGAAAUGUUGACUCCCUUUAUAGCUAAUGUGCCUCUUCUCCUGUACCCUCAAGAUGAGCCCCAGCCCAAACUACUGAAGGAAGAAAACACUUGCAGAGACUGCGUAAAGGUAGUUGCUGAUAUGCAGGAAGGUUUCAAGAGGAGCUCCUUCCUUGUCCAGUACUUUGCUGUUUAUGCCAAACAGCACUGUGAACGUCUGGGGUCUGACUUGGUUGAUGAGUGCAAGAAGUACGCCUUUGAAUACUCUCAUGCUUUUGUCCAAUUGCUAAUACACCUAUUGAACCAGUUACCUAGGGCAACUAUUUGUGGUGAAAUUCGCUUCUGUGACUCUGCAAAAUCUGAGCCUUUUCAUGCUUUGGCGCCAGCUCACCACCUUCAUGACUUGUAUACAGCAGCAGGGCCUGCAGAGAAAAUUUCAGAUGAAGAAAAUCUGCACUUUGUAUGUGGUGUGUGCAAGAAAAUGGUUGCAAUGGCAGAGGACAUGCUGGAGAACAAUGUCACAGAAGAUGGAAUAGUCCAUCAAAUGGUGAAAGUCUGCAAUCUGCUGCCCCAUGAAGUCUUACCCCAGUGCAAGGACUUUGUUGACUCCUAUGGAAAGGCUGUUGUCAUUAUGGUUCUGGGUGCAACUAAACCUGAAACUGUGUGCAGCAUGCUCAGAUUUUGCCCCAAAUAUACCUCUUUGAGUAGUGAGAGGGUAGGUCUGGAAGAACUACCAAAAGAGACAACAUUCAAUGAAGGUGAAUUCUGCCAUCUGUGUACAAUCCUCAUUACAUAUGUUGAUGACGAACUGGAGAAGAAUGAAACGCAGGCACAGAUUGGAUCUAUGCUUGCUAAAGGUUGCCAGUUACUGCCAGAAGCUUUAGUGUACACAUGUGAUCAGCUUGUGGUGCAGUAUGAGCCAGCUGCUCUCCGCCUCCUGAUACAGGUGCUGGAACCAUCAUUUGUGUGUACUAAAAUAGGUGUGUGUCCCGAAUCCAAACUUGUGGGCAUAGAAGCCUGUGUCCAUGGCCCAGCAUACUGGUGCAAGAACACAGAGACUGCAGCUGAGUGCCAGGCCACUGACUACUGCAAACGCCAUAUAUGGAACUAGAAGAAGCCCUUUCAGUGGAUGGACAUGGGCUGUGGUUUUAAUCAAUACAUUCUGGCAUUUGGCUGGGUGGGAAAUAAUGAGAUGUCUAUACCUUGGCAGACCCACAUCUUCCACCUUGUCGCGUGGUUGUCCAUCGGGUGUCUGCACUGCUCAAAGACGAAAAACUAUUCCCAUUGUUCACGAUGCUCUGAAUCAUUAUACAUUUAGUUUUGCUUUUAGAGCCACAGUGGGGAAGGGACAUGUUGUGAUGGAAAACAGGCUGGGAGUGUAUGGGAUUUAUAUGAAUAGCUGAGAAUGUCAUUAAAAUGUGUUUUAUUUUAAAAGGGAUAUAUUGCCUUAUGAGUAUUGAAUAACUAGAUAGUAAUAAUCAGAACAAAACAGGCUGCCUAAACUGGCAUUUUUCAAGUUUCCAAUGCUUUCUAUGCAUAACAGCUUGUAAUUUAAUGUUGAAUUUUCAAUAUGUCCUUGCUUAACCUGGGGGGUGGAAAUGUUUAGCACUUUACUGACUCGUAAAAGAGACACCAAGGCCGCAAACAAUGGACGUACAAUGGCUGUGCCCAGCUGCGGUAUUUGCUUUCCCCACAUGAUGAUGAUCUGGCCUUUUUAAAGUCUUUUCAAGGCACAUCUAUACUCUACAUUUAAACUGUUUUAGUCUGUCGUCACUUUGCAGCUGUGUGACUGCUGAACACAUGACCGCACUUGAGGUGGAAAGGUCACUGUAAGGAGACUUUUGUUCUCCAUGUUUGUGUGAUGUGGUCUGACACUCCCCCCUAUGGUAAGAGCACAAGUUUAGGAUAAAAGGAGCAGUCUCCAGCCAGUUGGUCACACUGUUAGUCCACUUAGCUCACUCGCUCCUGUCUAUUCUGGCAGCAGCUCUGCAAGGUCUCAAAACAAAUCUAUUUUCCCAGCCCUGUUAUUUGAGAUGCUUUAUCUGCAGAUGCUAGAUUAAGCCCAGGACAAAGUAUAUGCUGUGCUAAUGUACUCUAGCCUCUCUCUCUUGCAUGUUUACUCACAACUAAAGGGGAAAUCACCUUGUGUCACUCCACCUUAUGAAUGGGUGUCUAGACCUGCAGUUGCUGAAAAUUCUCUGUAACAGAUCUGUAGCCCCUGCCCACAACUAAAAUUCCCAUACCAGUUAAACUUACUAAAACUUCUGGUGUAGACAAAAACAAAUUCUAGAAACAAGAGCUGUCCAGAAAGGACUAUCUGAUUGUUCAAGUGAAGCAUGGACAGAUAUUGCAUACUUUGCUAUACUUUUGUUUGGAGAACUUCCUUGGUUUCAGUUCAUCCUUUCCUAUUCGGGACACACACACUGAACCUGUUCCAGCUGCAUGCAGCAACCCAAAAACGAUGUGCAUUGCCGUCUGCAUGAAAGGCGUACCUAUGGGUUCAGUAGGCACAGGCCAGUUGCAUUUUAUGCACGUCCAGAAGUUUGCUUACUCACACAUCUCCUUUGCUGGAUUAGAGUAGCUAGGUAGACUGGAUAUUAGAUUCAUUAGAACAGAAAUCCAUGGUUGUUACCUGUUGGAAUGGAUGGGUUCAGUGCUGAGCUGUGAACAAAGGAACAGCUGUUUUAACUGCAUUUUCUCUGUACUGCAGGAGAAGGGGAAAGUGUUCAGGACAACCAGCAUUAAGCAAUAGCAUCUUUAGGAUAACAUCUGUUAGUAUGUGUCUAAAUAUCAGUUCCAAAGACAUUGGCUUUUCAUACAGCUUGCAAUUAGAGACACAGAGUAUUAAUGGCUCCUGAUAGCCAUACAGAUGCCAGAAUUAUUGGUAAACACUGAAUGUAUGUUUCUGUAUGUUUUAAGAGUUGAGCAUAACAUAACAUUUUAACAGGUGCAGCUUUUCAGGUCACAGUGAUGCAGAGGUGAUUUUCUUUGCCAUCCACUAUGAUUAGGGUUGCCAGGUUCAUGGCCUGAGACUGAUCCCGUAUCUUUAGGAGAAGAGAAGGUCAGCCAAGUGCAGGUGUUCUUGCAACUCUGUAAUGGGAAAAACCACAAGGUGGAAUUCUCCCUCCCCCCUCCACAACUUUUAAAGAUACAGAGCCCUUGGAGGCUGGGCCUGGCAACCAGGAGGUCUUUUGUAUCUUUAAAAGUUGUUCAGGGGGAAGUGAGGAUUCCACCUUGUGGUUUUUCCCAUUACAGAGUUGCAAGAACACCUGCACUUGGCUGACUUUCUCUUCUCCUAAAGAUACAGGAUCAGUCUCAGGCCCUAAACCUGGCAACCCUAACUAUGAUACCUAUUAAAAGUAAUGAAGCCCUGUGUUUCAUAUUUAGUAUGUAGGACCCUGCUCAGUAUACAUAAUGAGAAACUAUACAGCUGCUCCUCAAAGACCAUUAUCACAAGCAUUUUGCCAAUGCUUCUGUAGUUAAGAAACAUUAAAGAAUUCUUAUAAAUUUCA